AAUUUACUCGGAGUCUCUAUUCUAUUCCAUGACACCGUUGAAUUUUCUUCCCGUAUAUCAUUAGUUAAAUAAAAAAUAAAAAACUUAAAAUAGAGUGCGAUAUAACCAAUUGCCCCUUUUCCAAUUCAGUUGCAGCAAUUUUCUUCACCCAUGGCUUACGUCGAACGAGGUGUUGUCAAAUCAAAGCGAUCGAUAUGGCGAAUCAAGACAAUCACUGAUUUUUUCUGGGCCAUUGUUAACUUCAUAGGCGUGUUUUUCACUACGAUGUUCUCGAUGGAAAAGUCAGAUGCCUACAAGAAAGGGUCUGCCGGUAAGAAAUGGUCCGGUGGCGGUGGUGGUGGUGGCGGCGGCGGUGGUGGUGGUCCUCGCGGCCCUCCUCGUGGUGGCCUCGACAAUGUCCGUGGGCUAGAUAGUGUCCGCGGUGAUCAUAGUUCACUGCCUGCAUGCGGCUCAUGCUGUGGUUGAGUGUGUUAGAGAUCUCAUCUGUCUAUAUUUGUCACAGUUUGUAUCUGAUUUUCGACUGACGUAAUAUGCCUAUAUCAUAUACGAUUUUCAAGCUAUGUGUGCAAAUAGGUUGAAACAGCUAAAAACUUGCAUAAUAAUACUUGUCUUGCUUGGGUAUUGAUUAAAAAUCCUACAAAUAUUCAAUAUUA